AUGACCUGGAAAAUUGUGAAUAUUGAAAGUUGUUGUAAUGUAUUUGAGAGUAAAUCUAAAAAUAACGUCAAGGCAAAAGCAAAUGUGCUGAGUUGGAGUUUAUGUUGUAAUUUGGAUUUAAAUUGUGAGAAAACCUCAUGGUUCAAGUUGGCCACACUUCAAAGAGAAUUCUCGACUUUAAUUAUGAUUGUGACACCUCAUUGCUGA